GCUGCCCUUAGGACAGUUGUUCAUUGACUGUAAGGUCACUUAUAGAAAUGUUUUCAAGACUGCGAAGUAUAUUUGGGAGGAGGAAUGGACAACAUGGAGAGACCCGAGUGAGGAAGAAGGAAGCAGGCCCUAGGGACUACUGAGGAGGCACCAUCCCAACUCUCUACUUUCACAAAGCAGGACAAGCAGAUGGAGAAGCUGGAGGAACUUACCAUUAAGCUACAGAGUAUAAAAAAUGAGCAAAUUGAGCUGAGUGCAAUCCUGGAAAGCUAUACCAAGAUAGAUUUUUAUAACAGGCUGAAAUCUUUUGAGAUGAUGAAAAAGGUGCAUAAGCAGGUAAUGUGUGACCUUCAGAGAUUUCCCUUGGAGAUCAGUGAUAACUUGAACAAGUGCAAGCAGCUGAUUGAGGAGAACAACAAAUGCUACAGUUUCCUCCACAGAAUUGGCCUACCAGAUUUGACUCAGUUGAAAAACAAUGUCAAUGCGUUGAAACAGGAGAAUGAAAAGCUGUCGGAGGAGCAGAUUGCACUGCAAGAGACCUGUGAGGAGGUGAAGAAGCUCCUUAAGGAGGUGCAGGAGAAGAUCUGUGACCCCUGUGCUGAGCAGCAUCAGCCUGCAGCAGCAGGUUUUGGUGCUGACUGCAAGUGUCUGUGGAGCACGGUGCACCCACCACACAGAUUCAUGACUGCCAGGGACACAAGACCUGCCUGUGUCUUGUCUGUACCACCUUAUGUUGUUAAAGGGGUGCACAGUGUAACUGCACUGAAGGAUGCAGUUCUCUCCAUGCAGGACAGCCAGGGCCUGAGGACUGUGCUCCACUUGGGUCUUGCCAGCAGCCUCUAUUCAGAAAACAACGUGAAAUUGCAGAAAUCAAUCAUCCACACUUAG